CAUGGAGAAUCCUCGGCCUCUCCCACUUUCACUUCUACUUCUUCUGUAUUACUUAUUCACCUCCUCCUAUACGCUGUCCAAUAUUCCUCUCGCGCACAUCGUCUGCGCUAAAGGCAUCGUUCUGGUUACGACUUAUGCAUGUUUUAUCACGUCCGCUUAUUUGUUAUUUCUGAACUGGACUACCCUGGGAAACGAACGAAUGGAAAGGGGAGUUACGGGACAUAUUUUGUUCGGGCGGAUCGCGAAUACCUUUUACUUGUUGUUUUAUUGCUCUGUGUAUGUAUGAAGGUAUAUUUGCAUUGGUCACGCGCGUUUCGGUUGUCGAUGGUUGUAUGUAGCUGGCACCGCAUUGCUUCCGUUGUCGUUCGGGUUAGAGAUGGGACACCGUACCAGGAAACCGGUGGUUGGAAGCUUAUGGUUCGGUCGGUGCGGAAGCCUGCAUGUGCUUUCCAGGGUGGGAAGGGGGGCUCCACGGCGACCUUGCUUACGGGUGUAAUGUUUCAGAGAGGAAUUGUACCUCGGAGAUAUUCUUUUUCGCUUCGCUUUUACGAAAGACUGCAUUUGCGGCGCGGAGUCAAAAUUGCGCGCACUGCAUUGCUACCAGCAAAAAUACCAUAUCAUGACUUACCUCACAUUCUCACCUUUGCGCAUCACCAUGCCGUGAAUCUACUUCCACGACUUCCUUGAGUCAACACCCCUGCGCAACAUCCAGCGAAAAUACUGUGUGAUUCGGGUGAAGUCAUGCCUAUUGUGCCUACCUUUGUUACCGUUGAUAGCAUGUAGUCAAGUAAGGCAUAUAACAUCUGCAUUAUGUUCCUGAAGGAGCGGUCGCCGCAUUAAGCUUUUGAUUCGUGCAAGGAACGCAAGACGGUUAAGUGCAGCGAAAAAGAGGUGCGAACCACAUUGCCGGUACAAGUGGUUCGGCAGGCUCCGGG